UCACGGCCACGUCUCAUUUUCUCCCAAAUAAUCGAACAUUUCAUACACUGUGAGCCUGUGUUGAGGCGGCUCGCGAAUACGGGAUAAUAUUGCAGCACUGUUUUGCGGUUCGUAGCUGGGCCGGAAUAAAAGCCAAAGAUGGCUACAUGGACGUUUGGCAUCGUUGGGUCUCUGGUUUUGGCCCUGCUUUCUUCGGUCCAUGGUAUUUCGUCCCAGGACGUGUCCGCGGCCAGACGAAUAGUCAGAAGUGCUAAUCUCGUAGAGGUGUUUGACCUGAGAGCCCUACCGGGCAAUACGACAAAAGCAACAGGACCAUGUCAGUCCAGGCCGCGAAGAAGAGGCGACGGAUAUGAACAGGACAUCGCCUACAGAAUGGAAACAUCUUCCAAAGCCAUGAGUCUCCCCACUCGCCUUUUAUUCCCUCGACGCUUCCCGAAAACCUUCGUAAUAAUGGCGACUAUAAAAGCCGCCAUGGAUAACAGAGGAAGUUUGUUUUCAAUUUUUAACAGUGAAGGCCACAUGUCCCUAGCUUUCACUAUUAAUCCUGUUGGAUUAGUGUACCGAACGAAAAGUGAGCAGACCAAGAGCGUGUCCUUCUCUGCAAGCCUUGCAGAUAACGAAUGGCAUCGAAUAGCGUUGAGUGUCGGCGAGAAGAUGAUUAUCAUGGUGGCUGACUGUGAGACUGAGGUUGGCGUUGAAUCGUACAUAGACAAACCGAGUGAUUUCCCGUUACACAUCAAUACAUCUGGAGACACAGUGCUCGGGAGCCAGUUAGAGGAUGGCACCAAUUUUAGGGGUUCAGUUUAUGAUUUACGGAUUGUGCCAGACUCCACACGCAUGGGAAGCUAUUGCGAACAAUUCGUUCCCGACUGCGAUCGCCCGAUUCCAAAGUUUGUAGUGAGAAAAACAAGACAGGCUGGAUUUCCAACGACUGAUACUCCAGGAACCGUUGUCGUUGGCAACGUUAAAUAUAUUCCAGGAGUACCAGGAAGACCAGGACCUCCAGGACCUCCAGGAGAACCAGGUUUAGAAGGACCUAAAGGUUUUUCAGGAGCUAAAGGAAACAGAGGACCUCAAGGUCCUACUGGAAUUCCUGGACCUGCUGGUAGGAGAGGACCUGCAGGACCUGCUGGACCAGGAAUCAAAGUGAAUUGGCGACGAAUUCAAGUUUCUGACACGAAAGGGCCUGGUACUAGUUCUGGAGGAGCUCCAAUCGUUAUCCCACCUGCUGUGGGAAAUCCUGGCCCUCCAGGAGAGAAGGGAACCAUGGGAGAUCCAGGUGAAGUGGGACCAGCAGGACCAGUUGGUAUGAGGGGACCAAGAGGACUUCCUGGCAAAAGGGGUCCUCCCGGUAAUGAUGGGCUAAGAGGAGCUGCUGGGGCACCUGGACCUAAGGGUGAUCGAGGUCUUGAUGGUAUUCCUGGUCUUCCAGGCCACAAAGGACCACGGGGUGCGCCUGGCGCAAGAGGUGACAAUGGAGAAAAGGGAGAAUUAGGAGAAAGGGGAGAGCGUGGAGAACCUGGUCCUGCCGGAUUACCUGGAGAACGGGGACCCCAAGGAGAAUCAGGUCCAAAGGGACCACCAGGAUCACGUGGUACAGUGGGAGCUCGAGGUGAACGUGGACCACCGGGUCCUGCAGGUGCUCCGGGACCAGUGGGACCACCUGGUGUUCAAGGUAUCCAAGGAAUGCGUGGACCACCGGGGCCAGUAGGACCAAGAGGACCACAAGGAUAUCAAGGUCUUCCCGGACCAAAGGGCAACCGUGGUAAACGUGGACCGGCAGGUGCAAAGGGUGAUGAGGGAACGAGCGGAUUUCCUGGCGAGAAAGGAGACGAUGGACCAAGAGGCGAAGACGGAACUGGCGGUUCACCAGGACUUCCCGGUCCUGAGGGCAGAGAAGGACCAAAGGGUCGCACCGGUUUACCGGGACCACCUGGCAUUACUGGACCAUCUGGACCAAAGGGUGAGCGUGGUUUACCUGGUAUGCCUGGUUACGCAGGACAAGCUGGAACGAAGGGAAACCUCGGUGCCCCCGGUACAAGAGGACGCGACGGUCCCAAAGGUUCAAGGGGAGAGCCAGGAAAGCCUGGACCUCGUGGUCCGCGCGGUAGACGGGGUCCCCGUGGAGAGAGAGGAUCCCCUGGUACACCCGGUACUUCCGGAAAUAAGGGUGCUGCAGGAGAGCCCGGUGUUCCUGGUGAUAAAGGUCCAAUCGGUGCACCUGGUCCUCAAGGAGAUCGUGGUCAGGCUGGACCAGUAGGAAUGAUGGGACUUCCUGGACGACCUGGACUACCUGGAUUCCCCGGUCCUCGCGGAGAAACGGGACCCCAAGGCAAACCUGGACCUUCAGGUCCCCCCGGAAUGCCAGGACCACGAGGUCCCCCUGGUGACAAAGGUCCUCAGGGUUUUAAAGGAGACCAAGGAAGAGCUGGUGAGCCUGGCGAGCAAGGAGAACAGGGAGAUUCUGGUAAAGACGGCAAAAAGGGUGAGCCUGGAGGAUCAGGUGCCAACGGAAAAGACGGAUUACCGGGUCCUGCAGGAAAGACUGGACCAAAAGGAGCCAUGGGCCCACCGGGUCCAGUGGGACCAAAAGGAGUUGAAGGAGCCACUGGAGCGCCUGGCCAACCCGGACCAAUGGGAGCACGUGGUCCAUCUGGAUUACCAGGUCCUCAGGGACCUAAUGGACGACCCGGUGCAGCAGGUGCAGCUGGCAGUGUUGGAGAGAAGGGCAACAGGGGUGAAGAAGGCCCACGUGGUGAUCCCGGUCCCUCUGGAAAACCAGGAAAACCGGGCAAACCAGGUCCAGACGGACCCCAAGGUCCACCUGGCGACGACGGUGAGAAGGGUGCGCAAGGACCUCAAGGCUUAUCGGGCAAGAAAGGAGACAGAGGACCAAAGGGACCUCCUGGACCAUCUGGUCCCGUUGGAAAUCCUGGCAAAUCUGGCCCCGUGGGACCUCCUGGAGAACAAGGAAUCCAAGGACCUGUUGGACCACGUGGUGAGAAGGGCCCUGAUGGACCUCGUGGAUCCCCCGGACCUCAAGGACAACCUGGAGUUCCCGGAGUGCCUGGUCCUCGUGGACAGAAAGGAGAGCGUGGGGCAAGUGGACCAGCGGGUGCUGCAGGACCAACAGGAGCACGUGGAGGAAGAGGACCAGCAGGAUCUAAGGGUGAUCAGGGUGAGAAUGGUGAUCCUGGAGCAAACGGUCGACCAGGAGAAAAGGGUGACCGCGGACCGAAAGGAAGCCCAGGCACACCUGGAUUACCUGGAAUGCCUGGCCGACCGGGAGAGGCUGGACAAAAGGGGAGCCGUGGAGAUCCUGGUCCACAAGGAGCACAGGGUGCCCGCGGGCCACCAGGACCUACCGGAGACACCGGACCAAUCGGUCCCCCCGGACCAGUUGGACCUGUUGGUCCCCAAGGAAAGCAAGGACAAAAGGGUAGUCGAGGACAAGACGGUGAAGAUGGAGCACCUGGCAAACCUGGACCUAUUGGCGCACCAGGAGGACGUGGUGAUGAUGGCCCACCUGGGCCCGCCGGACAACCUGGCGAAGCCGGUCCUAAGGGAUACCCCGGUAAAGAUGGAGAACCUGGUGACAAGGGAGAUACUGGUCCACCAGGCCCUGUAGGACCAGUGGGACCCCCCGGAGCUCAGGGACCUCGUGGCCUUCGUGGACUACCUGGAGAACGAGGAGCUACUGGUGCACCGGGUGACGUGGGACCGCAAGGUAUUACUGGACCACCUGGCGCACGAGGACCAACAGGAGCAAAGGGAGACAAGGGUGAUAAAGGAGAUGCAGGAGAAAAGGGAGAUAAGGGUUGGCCUGGUUUUAUUGGACCAACAGGUCCUGCUGGACCUCAAGGAGAAAAGGGAGACCAAGGUCCCCAGGGUCUACUCGGCCAUCCUGGACCAAAAGGAGACAAGGGCGAAGUGGGACCAAUCGGUCCAAUCGGACCAGAUGGACCCGCAGGACCAAGGGGAAGAGCUGGAUAUGCCGGCGACCCAGGUCCAUCGGGACCUCCUGGACCACCGGGACCUCCUGGAGAUGUCAGCCAUUUACUCGACGCGUACCUUGGCCCCAACACCGGCACUGACAAAGGAGAGACCAGGAAAAAACGAGCACUGGCCGAAGACCCGACCGAUAGUGAGAUGCUUGACUCGAUCAAAGCCUUACGUACGCAAAUUGAAGAGAUCAGAAGACCACGCGGAAACUCACAAGGAAAUCCUGCAAGAACGUGUAAAGAUCUUAAAAUGUGUAAUCGAGCUGAGAAAGAUGGGGAAUACUGGAUCGAUCCUAACCAUGGCUGCACCGAAGACGCUGUGAGAGUUUUCUGCAACUUCACAGCCGGUGGAGAGACCUGCAUCUAUCCUGACACUUUGACUCGAACGAGUGUACGAAAGCACUGGAAGAAGGUUGAUGGAGCAGAGUGGUUCAGUGAAUAUGACGGUGGAUAUGAGAUUUCAUAUAAGAAUGUUGGGAAAACUCAACUGAAUUUCCUUCGUCUGCUGAGCGAAAAAGCCGUACAGAACUUCACAUAUUACUGUAGCAACUCGAUCGCCUGGUACGACAAGAUUGCGAAUUCCUUCGAAAAAGCCAUUAGACUGCAAGGCGACAACGAUGACGUGUUUGGAUACCAAAAGAAUCGAUUUAACCUCAAAGUUCUUUACGAUGGAUGUCAGUCAAAGGAGAAGGAUGGAAAAGCAAUAUUCCAGAUAGAAACAGAAGACUUGAACCAAAUGCCAAUAGUGGACUUUGCUCCUGGAGGAGUCGACGAAGCAGUAGAAUUUGGGUUCGAAGUAGGGCCCAUUUGCUUUAGUUAGCUUAUAGACACACAGAGAUUAAAACAUCACAGUACAAAACCACAAUAACAAAGAAUUUAUUUCAUAAUUUUCUCGCUUUUGUUUUUUGCGUUAUACAAAUAGAUUCUCGAAGUGAACCCCUUCUUUGUGAGAUGUAAUAAUAAACGGACCUGUAUCAAAGUGUACAA